GGAGCAAAAAAGGCACUUUAAUUUAAAAUGAUAAAAGAAGGAGAGUGCUCAUUUGUCGUAACAGGCUGAGCGAAACACUCUUCUCGCAUUAAGCGAGUUUUUUAACCACUCCUCAUUUCCCCUUUAACUUGCCUGAAGGAUCAUAUUUUUUAAUUUCAACCUCUGAUCCGUUUUAUAGCCAACUAAUCAUAUCCUUCCCUUCUCUACUAACCGAUGUGGGACAACUUACAAUUUCAAAUUUCUCUUCUUCAGUUUUUUAAAAACCCUAAUUAACUCUUCGCGGAGAACAUUUUCAAAUCUUGAAUAUGACAACGACGACGACGAUUUCCCAGCAUGAUUUCUAUGGUGAUGGAGAUUCGGAAACUUCAAUUUCUAUAUCUGUUAUUGAGAAUUUGAAGGAAGAGUAUGGAUUGUUUGUUUGGCCUUGUAGCGUUAUCCUCGCUGAGUAUGUUUGGCAACAGAGAUCUCGAUUUCGCCAUUCUUCGGUUCUUGAGCUAGGAGCUGGUACUUCCUUGCCUGGUUUAGUAGCUGCAAAGGUUGGGGCUAAUGUCACACUUACUGAUGAUGCAAGUAAACCAGAGGUUUUGGACAAUAUGAGAAGAGUCUGUGAGCUUAACAAGCUGAACUGUAAUGUGAUGGGUCUCACCUGGGGAGUCUGGGAUGCACCGAUAUUCGACCUGCGACCUAACAUUAUACUUGGGGCUGAUGUUUUAUAUGAUUCAAGUGCAUUUGAUGAUCUCUUUGCGACUGUCUCGUUUCUGCUCCAAAGUUCUCCUGAUGCAGUUUUUAUUACCACAUAUCAUAACAGGAGUGGGCAUCAUCUAAUCGAGUUCCUGAUGGUAAAAUGGGGCCUAAAGUGCGUUAAACUUCUAGAUGGCUUCUCAUUCUUGCCCUCCUACAAGGCUUCUUUACUUAGUGGAAACAUUCAGUUGGUUGAGAUCGUAUUGAGUUCCAAGAAUCAUGAGCUUUAGACUGUAACAACCAUCUAAGUGGAUAACAACCAAGAUCAAAGAGAUACCACUGUUCUUGAUGUAUAAAACUGAGCAAAGUGUUGUCGGACGAAGACAUUAGCGUCGAGAGAAGACCUGAUACCUUGGUGUGUAAGCAAGAACUGAGCCUUGCGUUCCUUGAGACUGCGCAUCAAUGGACAUUUACAGAAUCGAAAUGUGGCAUCAAUGGCUAGAAGAACAAUGUCGUUUUGGGUUACAAUUAUUGAUGUUGCAGAUAAACAGCAAGCCAACAAUGGCAUCGUUUAGUAAAAAUAUAGAAUCACAUUCAUAGUUCAAAUGUCUAAUCCCUUACGUGUAAAACAAGAAAAUGUAAUUGUUAUAUUUUAGAACCUUUUUCUUUA